AUAGCUACGAUAGGUCGAUAUAGGACUCAAUCGAUGUAUGCAAGAGCUGCCAACUUCACUUUGCAGCGAGGGACAAGACAGCGUGCUAAAUAAAAGAAAACGAAAAAGCCAGAAAAUGAGCACCCAGGAAAACAAUAGCGACGAGAUUCGCGGCAUCGCAUCGGACAUUAACCGUCUCUGCAUGAAUGAGCUCUACUUGGACGUGGAGGUGGAGGAUCAGCGGCUGCCGGGUCACCGCUACAUUCUGGCGGCGCGCAGUGAGUAUUUCCGCGCAUUGCUCUACGGGGACAUGGCUGAGUCGAAGGAACGAGAAAUUCGGCUGGAGGUGCCGGUGGAGGCAUUCAGAGUUAUCCUCGAGUACAUUUACUCAGACAAGUUACCUCUUUCCACACUGGCUGUGGAUAAGAUAAUCGAUGUGCUCGUUUUGGCGCAUCUUUACGGAUUGAAGGACGUUGAGACGGCUAUAUCCAAAUAUCUCCAGCAAAAUCUUGCCGUCAGCAAUGUGAUCGUGAUCCUAAAUGCAGCGCGACUAUACGAUUUGGACCAGCUGACCGCAGGUUGCCUCAUGUUUAUGGACAACAAUAUGGUCGAUCUACUAAAACACGACUCCAUCCAAAUGCUGUCCAAGGAGUCAUUUGAAGAAGUCUUGGGAAGAGAGAGCUUCUCGGCCCCCGAAGUUGAAAUCUUUCGGACUUUAUGCAAGUGGAGGGAGAACAAUCCGAACGAGGACAACCAGACGUUGUUCUCCCUCGUACGUCUUCCGCUCAUGACUAUCGAUGAUCUGCUGCAUGUGGUGCGUCCUUCUGGCAUAUUCAAAUCGGAUAUAAUAUUCGACGCCAUUGAUCAAGUGAACAUCGGAAAGAACCUGCCGCACCGAGUUGUCACGCUGCCGGGAGAGAAUUUGACAUCCGCAAAGCCUCUUGCGCAACCUUUUGUGCUAGUCGUCAAGCUGCAAUCACAAGUGGUAGUCUCAGUCUCAGUCUCCUGCGACCAGACCCACUGGGAUUCUGUGGGAAAUGUCAUAGUACCUUAUAGAACUAUAUCACCAGUCUUGAUUACGCCGCGUACCGUUCGCUACAUUCGGAUAACAAGUAUUUCAUGUGGGAUUGAAAAUUGUGAUUUGAAGGCCAUGUACAAAGAGUAG